AUGGAGAGAGGUUGGAGAAAUUACAGGGUUAUUAGUGGUCAUUCGGGUUGGGUGCGAUCAGUUGCAGUAGAUCCUACUAAUACUUGGUUUUGUACAGGUUCAGCGGAUCGUACUAUCAAGAUAUGGGAUUUAGCAAGUGGUAGGCUAAAGCUUACGUUAACGGGUCAUGUUGGGCAAAUAAGAGGUCUUGGUGUUCGUAACAAAAACAUGUUCUCAGCUGGCGAGGAUAAACAAGUUAAAUGUUGGGACCUCGAACAAAAUAAGGUAAUUCAUUCCUUUCAUGGUCAUCUACAUGGUGUAUAUUGCUUGGCUCUUCAUCCUACAAUCGACGUUUUGUACACAGGGUCUAGGGAUUGUGUAUGCAGGGUUUGGGAUAUCCGGACUAAAACACACAUUCAUGUUUUUUCCGGGCAUGAAAACACUGUUUCCUCUGUUUUGACUCUCCCCGCGCAUCCUCAAGUAGUUGUAACAGGUUCUCAUGACUCAACCAUAAAGUUGUGGGAUAUAAGAUAUGGUAAGACAAUGGAAACACUCACUCAUCACAAGAAAACUAUACGCGCAAUGGCUCAUCAUCCUAAGGGACAUUGUUCAUCUUUUGCUUCAGCAUCGACUGAUGGCAAUAUAAAAAAGUUCAACCUUCCGAAUGGACAACUUUUACAUAACAUGCUUCCACAACAGAUGAAUAUAAUCAAUGCAAUGGCGGUGAAUGAUGAAGGUGUAAUGGCUACCGGAGGUGACAAUGGAAGUUUGUGGUUUUGGGAUUGGACAAGCGGUCACAAUUUUCAGCAAGCUCGAACGAAGGUUCAACCUGGAUCAUCUAUGGAUACUGAUGCUGCUAUCUAUGCUCUCACAUAUGAUGUUACUGGUACAAUACUUAUUACUUGUGAGGGUGACAAGACCAUAAAAAUGUGGAAACAAAGAUGA